CUUCCAUUGGCCGCAAAGUGCCCGAGGACUUCGAAUUUCAUCCAUUAUCGACCUCGGAAGGUCGCUAUGUCACCCUAAGCAAGGGUCACGCAUCUUGACCCCCCACCACCAGACUAUGAAGAUAGUUGCAGCCCAUCUACGACUCCAGAGCUUCAGCGUCACAUGAUUAUGCUGGACAGUUGACCGAUAACGAGGAAGUCCAAUCUGUAUAGCUGAAAAUACUCGCUGGCCAUAUCCUCCGGCACAUAUCUCCUCUCCCGUUGAUAUUUUUUUUCUUGAUCUUGUACAUACCGUCAUUACAUAGGAAUCAUGAAUCGAGAUAUCCCCGGGUUUUACUACGACCCGGAGAAAAACAAGUACUUCAAAAUCCAGGCGAGCCACAAAGCCGCGCCCGGAUCUCAGUAUUCCAAGGAUGCUGUAAAACGGAAACGCGUAGACCAGGAGAGAAAUCAAAGGAAAAUCCAUCUAUCGAAGAGGCUGACCAAAGAAAAGAUCAAGAAAGCCGCUUUCUUGGAAAACCCUCUCCUUGGAAUCGGAAGGGAGGUCGAAGGUCGGCCUGUCUCGAAGAGCAUCCGCCAAGAGCAACGGGGAUUGCUCUAUGCAAGCCAGUUUCAUCGGAAUCAGUUGCAUCAAUUUGAACCCUGGCCGGAUGAUUAUUCCAUCAAGCAAGUCCUGCGCAAUAAGCGCUCUGGGAUUUUGGUUGCCAGUGGCCAUCGUGGCGGGGAAUCAUCAGUCUCAGUAUGCUUUCCCGAUUGUGACCAAGAGGACUGGACGUACAACCGUACCAUGGAACGAGUGCUCUUCAAAGAGCCAUACAGACUUUCGUCGAUAUCCCUAAGCCAUACAGGGUACAUUUUAGCAACCAUGGAUAGCGGUCCCAACGGCGACUCAUUCCUUGCACCUCGAAUGCUGCCUGACCCUGAUGAGGGUGGCGAUUAUCGAUGGCCACCUUCUUUUUCGCAUCCCAUCCGUCUCCGCACAGCAGCCUCGCUAUGGUGCUCCGCCGCAUGUCCGGAGGGAAGCAAGCCUGUCUUCGCCAUCGGAACAUCCGACGGCCUUCAUACACUCGAGGGCUUCGGGAGUUACUGGGCUCUUUCCAAGAAGCCUUUUGCUAGCGACGUGUUCACCGGGAAACCAAUCAUGCAUCGACGGGUCGAUUCUUCUCAUGCCCUCGUCAGCAGCGUCGAGUGGCUAUCUUCCGACGUGAUCGCCGCGGGUCUCAAGGACUCGGCCAUCUUUCUCCACGACCUUCGUAGCGGAGGAACAGCGACCCGACUACAGCACAAUCAUGCCGUUGUGAAGAUCAAAAAAGUCGACGAAUACCGUCUUGUCGUCGGCGGCUUGAACUCGCUCAAAAUGUACGACAUCCGCUUCCCACCCAACGGUCUCCAGCGCAAUCCGAACCCUCAUAAUAAACACCACACCUCGACAACACCCUACCUCACGUUUCCGGAUUACACGCCCGAUUUCAUCCCGGACUUUGACAUCAGUUCGGAGCUGGGUCUUCUCGCAAGUGCUUCCGACGAGCGCAAAAUUCAGUUGUUUUCGCUUCGCACCGGCGCGCAGGUAUCUUCGCCCUUGUCUAAAUACCAGUAUCGGCACCCUAUCAGUUCUGUCUGUUUUGAACCCGGCGAUGGAUCAGUCCAUGGCCCUCAAACCCCCAGUAUAUUGGUCUGUUCUCAGGAUACGGUGGAUCAGUGGAUUUGGUGAUUCCGGUUCUGUCUCUGGAGGGGUUAGUCUCGUCUAUAUAUUCGGAGUCAUAAAAUAGUCUGGAAUAUAUCGAAUCAAAUG